UGAGUUAAGCCACUGGCUUGCUUCCCGUGCAUCAGCGUACAUACACUUCUGUGGUCUGUGAAUACAUAAGGGGAUUAUGAAGAUUUUGAGGAAGAUUAUUUUGUUUGUUGGAUUCCUUACUUUGGCUGUCAGUGGUUCUGACUCCAGGUACACCGGUAGAGAUGUGGCUUCUCUGGCUGUUGUGCGUUACAACACGCGCUCUACAUCACCUAACCUAUUUAAGCUGCUUCAGGUUACCACUGCAAAAAUUCAGGGUGCAGUUCGAAGGACUCUCUAUAAUGUUAGCUUCCUUAUAAAGGAGACAAUCUGUAAUCGAGAUGAGGGAAAUGAUGUAACCGAUUGUGCUUUCAAGGAUGAUGGGAUGGAGAUGACAUGUAACACAAUGGCUAUUCAAAGUCUUUCCUUCACACAACUCAAAUUCUGGUAUGUCCAUUGCAAACCUUUUCAGGUGACAGUUGAGGAGCAUUUUGAGAUGCCAAUAUUGGCGAGACAAAUAGGCCGUUCUUAAAAUUUUCCAGAUCCUCAUGUGAAACUUGGAGCAGGUUAUUCUACAGAUACAAUCUCAGUUCCUUUGUGAUACUUAGUUGGAAGAGGAGGUUCCAAGGAAGAAGAUGGAAAGAGAGGUGACCCUUGAGAAAAAUAAUUUCGCCUUUGAAAAUUCUUCCAAAUUUUUCUGUAAUGCUUACUUCAAAUAAAAAAUGUAUUUAAAUUGA